AAAUCAAUAUUUUUAAUUAAUUUUAUAAAAUAAAAAAUUGAUGAUGGAUAGAAAAAAUUGUUAUCUUUGAAUAAUAAUUAUUAAAAAAGGUCAAAAGUUUUAGCCUCGUGAUGAGUUUGUGUGUUGAGAAAAUAUCGACUAAAAAAGGUAGGAUCGAAAGUGGGUGGUUGGGAUGUCCUAGCUAAGGGUGACCGAGAAACGUGAAGCAUAUAUAAUAUAGUCUCUAUGUGAAGGUAACGUGCGAAAAUAAAAAAAAAAAUAUAUCAAAAAAUAAAAAAAAUAGAAAAUAAACUUGUGCUGAUAUAAAAAAGUGUCUCAGCCAAAAAAAUUACUUGACAUUUUUAAAUUACAUAAACAAUUUAAUAUUUAAUAUUAAUUAAAUAAAAAUAAUUAUAUAUUAAUUAUAUAUUUAAUUUAUUUUUCAAGUAUUAUUGAUGCAAUUUAAAGAUAAAUUUGUGGUAACGCGCAUCAGUAUUUGCGCGAUGUAAAAAAAAUAUCUAGAAAUAAUAAAAAAAAAAAUGUUUAUUAUUUUCUAAAUGACAGGUUUAUUUAUUGUGAAAUGACUUGUAGUGUAUUUGCCAUUUGAUAGUUUUAAUUUAAAAAUUAUUCAAGUAUCGAUGGAAGGCAUUGUGAAUGUUGUCAAUUGGAUCAAUCAGGACAAUUGGUGCAUUAGGGAUGAGGGGCGUGACAGUGAUAUUUAACAAGCAAGGACAAUGGUCAAGUGAUUACAAAAAUUAUCAAUUAUUUUAUUGUUGAUUGUAAUGAUGUAGCAUGAAGCCUCUUGAAGAACUAUGGUUUAACAUUUAUCAGAUGAAAAAUGAAGGAGCAUAACUCUUAACGGUGAGUCGCCUGUCCCGGGGGCGUUAAAGCGGGAAGAAAAUUAUAUAAAAAAAAAAAAAAAUAAUUAUUAAUAAAAAUAAUACAAUCAAGAAGUAAAAUAAAAAAAUAAAAUAAAAGGUCAUCAAGGACUUCAAACGUAUCAUCCAGUUAAAUUGAAGAAGUUUAAAAUAAAAAAAAAUAUAAAAAAAUGUAUGCAGCAGCAGGUGGUGCAAGUAUCGCUAAGCGACGUGAACAAAAACGUUUACAAUUAAAACAACUUGGUGGUGCAUCAUCAGCAGCAGCAGCAAAAAAAACUGGAUCUGGAUCUGGAUUACAGCAUCAAAAUAGAUUUUCACGAUCUCAUUUAGCACAAUUACAUCCACCAGCACCAACUGGAGCUUUUCAUUCGUCACAUGAUCAUCAUCAUCAUCAACAUCAACAUCAACAUCAACAACAGCAACAGCAACAACAUAAAAAUAAGCAACGAAGUCAUAGUUUUCAUCAUUUACAUCAACACAAAAGAAAACGUCCAGAUAAAAUAAUAACAAAUUCAAAUCAUCUUGUUCCACCAGUAUCACCAAUACAAUUUCCAAUAUCACCACCACCAUUAUCACUUGAAUCACAAAAUUCACAAUCUUUACAAUUAAAAACAUCUAAUUUUCCAUUUCCACCACCGUCAUUUCUUGAUCUAAGAGUUGCAUCACCAACAACAUCAGAAUUACAGUGUGGCGGUGGCCAGGGACCAGGGAAAGCGGCAUGGCAAACUUGUAGCAGACCUUCACCGCUUCCCUUGUCUCCGGCAUCACCUCAAAGUUCCCGUGAUGGAUAUAAAACAAAACAAUGUGAAGCACACAGACGUUGGAUGAAACGUAACAGGAUACGUGAUGCAAGUUAUUGUUAUGGUAGCAGUGAUGAAGAUGAAGAAGCAAGUAGUAAUUUUACAAAUCGUAGAAGAGGUGAAGUUAAUGCUGCUGUUAAUACUGUUUUAUAUGCUGGACUUGGAACAACAGCACUUGGACUUGUAAUAUCAUUUGUUGGAACUGGUGAAAAAGGAUUUUUAAGUCCAGAAUUACGUCUUGUUGGACCAACACUUGUUUGUGCUGGUUUAUUAUGUUGUUUAUUACGUGUAUUACUUUGUUUAUGUUUAUGUCGUUGUUGUGUAGAUUGUCGAUGGACACCAUGUCGUGUUGUUAUUGUUGAUAAAGAUAAAGUUAAAAAUAUUGAUGAACAUAAUAGCUCAUCAAAAACAACAACGACAUUAUUACCAAAAUCAACACAACAAAUUAUGACAUCAACAGCUAUUAAAACAAUUAAAGAAACAACUAGCUGUAAUAAAAUACCAAUUAAUUUGGCAAUACCAUCAUCUUCAUCAUCAUCAUCAACAACAAAUAAAAAUAAAUCAACAAAGGGACAUGAAUUACUAUUGUCACCUUCACAAUUACCAGAGUGAUAAAUUAUUCAUCAUUAUUUUUUAAUUUAUUUUUAAUUAUUUAUCUUUAUUUAUUUAUUUAUUAUGUACGACACAAUGUCGAUAAAAAAAAAAAAAAAAUUAACUACUGCCGGUUUUCGAAAUUAUUAAUUUUUGUUUUAAUUUUUUUUUCAUUGUUCUUUAAAAUUAAAACUUGUUGAUUAUCAAAAAUAAUAAUAAUGAAUAAUUGGUAAAUAAUAUAAAUUUUAAAAAUAUAUAUAUAUAUAAAACAGUGUAAUAAUAAUUU